ACGGAAAAUUUAUUUGUGAAUGGGAGGAGUAUUUCUCAAAAAUUUCUUUAAAAUUUACUCCGGUACUCAUUAUUAACCUUCACUCAAAGGGAGUCAAAGCUCUUCCACACACGUCACGCCACGUUGCAUAUUUUCUCUUUCCUCUUCUCCAACUCAAUUCUAUCAAAGCAAAACUUCCCAGCGCCUAAUUUUCUCUCCCAUGGCUUCUCAGGAACCGAACCGGGCUCCAAUGUACCCGCAAGUGUUCGACCCGGAUUUCGAAAAUCCGUUCUAUUCUUCGUCUUCUUCCUCCGAUCGGCGUUCAAUGUAUCCCGUCGUGGACAUGAAAGACCUGGAGAACAUUUUCCCGGAGAAUAAUGACACUGCCCAAGGAAAUCAUCCACAUACCCCUUCUGCCCCGCCGGAGGCCAUUGAAGAAACCCUCUUGGUUGUGCCCGGCGCGAUCCUUCACUUGAUCGAUAAACAGUAUUCCGUCGAGCUUGCCACCGGAGACUUGUCCCUGCUCCGUCUCCGGCAGGGGGACAACACCGUUGCGGUCUUCGCUAGGGUCGCGGAGGAGAUCCAAUGGCCGUUAACCGAGGACCUUGCGUCUGUUAAGCUGGACGAAUCGCAUUACUUCUUCUCGUUUCAAGCUCCUAAGGAAGAAGGUGACUCCCAUUCUAGUGACGAUGAGAAAGGAAACACGAAGAAGAAGAAGGAGAAACACAAGAAAAAAGAAGAAAAGGGCGUGGGAAAUGAGGCAUUGAACUAUGGACUUACAAUUGCUUCCAAAGGCCAGGAGAAUUUGAUCAAAGAUCUGGAUAUGAUUUUGGACAGUGUCUGCAGCUUUUCUGUUCAGAGGGUGGAGGAAAAGGCAUCGGUCGUUUUGGGAGGUAGGGUUGCCCAGGAGGUGUCCCCGGCGGACUUGAAGUUUGAGAAAAAGAAGGAGGUGUUGGAAGAGCGGUGUGCAGCCUAUUGGACCACAUUGGCACCCAAUGUUGAGGAUUACAGUAGCUCGGCUGCAAAAUUGCUGGCUUCCGGGUCAGGGAAGCUGAUAAAAGGGAUUCUGUGGUGCGGGGAUGUCACAGUCGAUCGAUUGAAAUGGGGCGAUGAGGUUCUGAGAAAUAGGGUGACUUCUGGUUCCAAUGCCGAGGUUAGUCCUCAGACCAUGAAAAGGAUCAAGAGGGUAAAAAGGGUGACAAGUAUGACAGAGAAAGUUGCUACUGGGGUGCUUUCAGGAGUUGUGAAGGUUUCAGGGUUUGUUACCGGUUCCGUUGCAAACUCCUCAGUAGGAAAGAAGUUCUUUAGCCUCUUGCCUGGGGAAAUGGUACUCGCCACACUGGAUGGAUUCAGUAGAAUUUGCGACGCUGUUGAAGUAGCUGGAAAAAAUGUGAUGUCUACAUCAUCAACAGUGACCACUGGACUAGUCUCUCACAGGUAUGGGGACGAGGCAGCAAAGGCAACAAGUGAAGGACUUGAAGCUGCAGGGCACGCGAUGGGCACUGCGUGGACUGUUUUCAAAAUCCGAAAAGCAUUAAACCCUAAAAGCUCUCUGAAACCCACUUCUCUAGCUAAGGCUGCUGCUGCUGAGUUUAAAGCCAAGAAGAGUUCCAAGUAACUAUGAACCCCCUUACGGUCCGUUUGGUACACGAAAUUGACAGAAUUGGAAUUGAAUUGGGAGUUGAAAUUCUAUGGAAUUGAUUUGGAUGGAAUUGAAUUCUACAUUUCCAAUUCAUUUUUGGCACUACCAAUUCAAAAUCCACAUAUUUUUAUGCUACCAAACAGCAGAUUUAGAAUUGUUGUCCCCAAUUUCAAUUCCAUAGUUAGAAUUUCGUGUACCAAACAGAGCCUUAGGCUAUUGCUAUGACUUGCUUAAUCUAUAAAUGUUCUGAACUUGUGAGCUCUUUUUUCGGGGUUUUAAGCCCUGUAUAGAUUGAAAGUAGAACUAGUGUAAAGGCUUGUUCAUAACCUGUUUGGAACAAAUUAUGUCAUCGUCAUGAAUUGAAGCACAUAGUUCCAUCUACUUCAUUGUACAUCCUGCUUGAAGUGACUGAACCCGGACUGUGUUCAUGUCCAAUCACACCCGUUUGAGAAUGAUACAAUGUCAAGGAACAAAGUAUAGAAGUGGCAUUGUUACAUUUCUAUUGUCGUACACUUAAGAGGAAAACACAAAGAUUAACCGCAAUUCGCAUAAAGAAAUGCCAAUACAGAAGAUUAGAAAACAGACAUACAGAACAAUUUCUGCUUUCUAGAUAGACUCAGUUUGAACUUAGAAUACACUCACAUUUUCAAACUCACCCUGCUGCGGCAUAAAGAACAAUGUGUAGCUAAAUUCAUUAUCUGUAGUCCUUUUGAUGAGGGCAUAUUUCCACCACUCCAAGAAUCACUCUUUAUCAAAAUGCCAGUCCUUGUUUGGAAAGAUGUGCAAAAGCUGAAAAGUACUUCCCAGAAUUUUGAAACAAUGCCUUGACAAGCAUAGA